AGACCAAGAAAAUAACAUAGAAGUCUAGUCUUCCUUUCCAGCUAACAAACACUUGUACACACUACACAGACAAGAACUCAGUCGACCAAAGAUACUAGCUAAUUCAUAUAUUCACAACCUUUCCCACAGCAGAAGAGCAGAGUUUUCAGAUCCCAUUAUAUGGGCUCCUCUCUUACAAAAUAUAAACAGCAAGUUGAUCAAAAACUGAUGUUUCAUUUGCUGGGGGCGGUCUCAACUGAGCAGGUUCAUGUUUGAUCAGUUUGGUUCCUACUGAACUCAAGCUUAGCUUCAAACUGAAGUUCUUGUCCUGGUUUGGUGAGCUUCCUGUCUUUCACUCUCUAGUUUUCUUGAGUUUUCGGCUUAAUCAUGUCAUCUGUUGAUAGCUCUAGAGAUGCAUUAACCAUUCAACAAAUUAUCGCCUCAAUUCCGGCUUUGAUUGAUCUUGUUUCCGUUGCCAAGUCAUCAAUUCCUUUGCCCCUAAAAUUAAAUACCGAUAACACAAUCACCACCACCACUCUUGAGGCUGCCGCUGUCACCACCACCACCAGCAACGUUAAUGACAACAAUAUUAGCAGUAUCACCACCACUUCCAUAUCCACACCAGGAAACAGUAAUAAUACUGCAGCUGCCACAGAAACCGCCACCUCCCCCUCCACCUCCACCUCCACCUCUGGCCCGGCUCCUUCUCUGGCCUCUAUCCUUGACUCCGGCUCCGGCUCCACCAUCACCACCACAACUACUGAAGGCGGCAGCAACAGCGACGGCAACACCACAACCAGCAAUUAUGCUAAUAUCGAGGACGUGAUCAGUGAUGGGAGCUGUUGUAUGUUGGGAUUUUCCAGCAAUAAUCCAAGUGAUGAGAAUAAGAAGAAAGACAAGAACAUCACGGCCGAUGUUGGCAAUGAUGGCAGUGUGAAUCCUGAAGGUGAAAGCAACCAAAAACUGCAUAAUCAGUUGGAGAAAUUGACCAGAGAUUUAUAUUAUGUUCAAAGCGCCUGUGACAAACUCAAACAUCUAGAACUACAUGUUGGUAACCAAUUCAAGAGUCUUCAAAGACAAGGUGUAUUCCUACAGAGUGUCUUAAGGAAUUUAGAACGAGUACGAAAUGGCACCACCAGUAAUCAUGCCAUCCUAACCAAGCAAAUGCAACUUAACAUUAAGUUAAUUGCUGGGAUGGUAAUGGAGUUGAAGUAUCACAUACCGUCACCAUACAAGCUGAAUUUGGCCAAUGAAGUACUCAAGUCGCAAAAUGUUAGUGGGGGAGAUUCCCUGAAUUUGAUCGAUGAGAUUCUUAAAAUACGCGGUAACAAAGCAUUUGAAGGGUGUUCAUCUUUUGUAGAUUUUAAAGAGAGAUAUAGCAGUCUUGAUUUAAGAGAUAAGCUUUGUUUGUUGUGUUUCUCGGUGUUUCCGGAGAAUUCUGUUGUCAAGAAGAGAUUGCUGAUGUAUUGGUGGGUUGGAGAGGGUUUCAUAGACCCAAAAGUUGAUGCUGACAAGCCUGAGGAAGUUGCUGAUGGCAUUUUGAAGAAAUUCUUGGAGAAAGGGUUUGUUGAGCCUGAGAUCAAGAAACGUAGACUGGUUGGGUUCAGGAUGCACUCAUUGAUUCGUUAUGCGGUUAUUUUUGUAGCUGAAAAAGUGGGGUUCUUCCAUUUUGAUUCAAUGGGGAAUCCCACGGGGAACUUUUCAACUAGUCAGAGGGCUUGUUUGAUCAAAACUGGAGAGAAAUAUUCUCGGCAGGCGUUGCUUGAUUUGGAGUCGAAACCAGAGACACUGCACGCUUUGUUCAAUGUCAACGAUCCUUAUCCAGAUUUAAACACAGAAUGGUUCUCCAGGAUGAGAAACAUUAAUGUUCUUUGCUUGGGAAGGUGGGAGAACUCAUCUAAGAAGAACAAUGAAGCAGAGAACAAUGAAGCAGAGGAGACCAGGCAUGAUGUUGAAGUGGAGAGCACCGAAUUCUUGAAGGGGCUGAGGCAGCAGCAUCAUGUUGAAGUGGAGAGCACCGAAUUCUUGAAGGGGUUGAGGAACAUGAAGCAUCUGAAGUUUCUCAGUCUUCAAGGAAUCUCUAGGAUCAACGAGCUUCCUGAAACCAUCCAGAAGCUUGUCAAUCUAAAGAUUUUGGAUCUUAAUUCUUGCCACAAUCUGGAGGCAAUUCCAGAGAAUAUUGUGUCACUCCAGAAGCUGACACACUUGGACAUUUCUGAGUGCUACAUGCUGGAUUACAUGCCCAAGGGGCUUGGGUCACUUACUGAACUCCAAGUCCUUAAGGGGUUUGUAAUUAGUAAUCUGAAAAUAAAAAAUGCAGGAACUCUUGAUGAUUUAAGAGGAUUGCCAAAGUUGAGGAAACUGAGCAUCUAUACAACUAAGAAAGAUUUCCCUAGAGUUAAAGACCUGAAAGCGCUAAGGCAUAUCACAGCGCUUCAGAAGCUAACAAUUGAAUGGGGAGGGAAAUCCGGAGUCAAAAAAGAGGAAAUUAGAAAUGACUCAAGAGGACUGACAAGGAGCAAUGCCUUUAGACGAGAGAACAUCCCUGCAGCGAUUCCUGACCUUCCUGAACAUUUGGUGAAGCUGGAUCUUCAGUGUUACCCUGAGACUAAGGCUCCUGAGUGGCUGUUACCUCUCAGACUGAAAAAUCUUCAGAAACUCUACAUCAGAGGUGGGCAUCUCAGUGCUCUGGGUCAAGCUCAGGGUGGAAAUCACAAGUGGAAUGUCAAGAUACUGCGUCUCAAAUUUUUGAAAGAACUAAAGAUGGAUUGGAGAGUACUGCAUGAUGCAUUUCCGCAUUUGAUUUACUUGGAGAAAUUUAAAUGUCCUAAACUGACUUUCUUCCCUUGUGAUGGCACCGGAGUGUGGCUGGACAGAGAAAAGCUAGCAAACCAGACGUUGGAAGAAUUAGAAUUGACAUGGUCUUUCCUUUCCAAAAGUUCUACUUGAGUUCAAAGUAUGUUCUAGAUUUCAGGCAGGAUUUUUUAUAACGAUGAUAAUAUCCCAUGUCGGCUAAGAGUUAAGAGCCUUGACAACUUGUAUGCUCCAAGUAUCACCUCUACUCGAGAUGCUUUUCUCAGAACAAAAUUCACCUCAAGGCCAUCAGCCCUAACAUGAGACAAUACCUCCGAAGAAGCAGAUUUGGGCAACAUCUUCACAUAACAAAAUCAUUCAGUGAUCCAACUACAAAUCAAUGUCUUCCGCUAUGCGGAUUUGGUGCAAGUAGAAAGAAGCCAAACGAGCAGCUAGUAGGAAUAUUCAGCUAAUAUUGCAACUGAACACAGAAACAAAUGCAGAGAAGAGAGACUUUUCAUUCAAAAUUCAGAAAUAGAAACAUGACAAUGUAAGAUCAAAGACAAAGGAGGUGAAAACCAUAGACAACUCUCGAAGGGAAAAAAGUAAUAAUAGAGCAAAACAAGCAUUAAACAUUCGAAUUGUUGUCAGUUGAUAACUGUGGAUGAACUGUCACAGUAUGACAAUUAGGCACAGGUGCCUCUUCCAUUUUUUCUUUCAUAAUUUCCCCAAGCACUCUUGCUGCUAAUGGAAGGCCAGAACACUUUCUUAUGAUCUCCUUUUUUAGAUCCUCCAAUUCCACAUUUGGGGGAUUGAAUAGUGUCCCAUCUUGCUCAACAGCAUCUUUGAAAAUAAGCCAGCAUUUCUCUUUAUCUGCAAGAGGCAGAACGGGAUGUACAUUUUCCUCCCCGACCAUCUUCUUUGCCAAGUCCUUAUUCCUACUCGUGACAAUAACUGUUCCUCCAUAGCCUUUCGGCAAUCCAUACGCAAGGCUUUGCUCCCAUUUAACCUUACCAGGUAAAGGAGAAUACAGGUUUUCAAACCACGUAUCUCCUUCCUGAGCAUCAUCGAGGACAAUCAUAUACUUCUUGCCCAUCAGUUGCACAUGAAGUGCACAGAUCAGAGCUGAAAGGCCGCUGUUAGAAACGGAUUGGAUGGUAUUUUCUUCAACUCCAAGUGAAAGCAGUAUUCUUUCCACAAGAGCUAUCUUGGCAUCUUUGUUCCCAUCAGGCUUUUUCGACAUGCUUACCAAAAUCCUAGGAACAAAGUGCUUCUUCACUUCUUCUCUCUUUAUAAUUUCUUGGCAUAGUGUGGUUUUUCCGGCACCAGCCAUCCCUGUGAUUCCGACAGCACUGAACUUUUCUUUACUUCUUUCGUAAACAAGCAGUUUCACCAGUGACGUUAUUUCAUCAUCGAAGCCAUGAACCACCAGCGGACUUACAGAUUGAUGACUCUGGCGGCCAGUGUCUCUAACAUUUGAUGAGUUCCCCUGAUCAUCCCGUUGUGGACUAAAGUUUCCAUUUGAGGAAAUUGUAAUAGAGUCUUUCGAUUUAAGCUCCUCCUUGAUUUCUUUCAAAGUAUUCCUGAUUCUCCACAGGGAAAUUAUUCCUUCACGAGAUAAGAAUGAUGCUGCCUGACAUUCCACCAAAAUGUUGUUGAGGCGGUAGAGCUUUUCCCUGAGUGAUGGCUUCUCUUUAGCAGGUGAGUUCUCAAUAUUUCGUCGAAUCAGUUUCUCCAGUUCCUGAAGAUCUCUUUUCCAGCUAACUUUGGAAGAUUGAAGACCACCACUAAAUUGAUUCAGCAAAUAACUUCCAACUUCAUCAUCCAUAUCAGAAAUACUCUCUCAAUCUUUGCUUGCCAAGAUUGCAAUAAAUUCAAGACUUGGUGCGACGAAAAAGAACUGAUGAAAUGCCUUGGUUUUUUAAUGAGAAGAUGAUGUCAAAGAAGAUACAAGGAAGAUGAAUUGCAGAGACAUUUUUUGGAGUUCAUUGACUUAGCGAAGUCUUCCUUGUUGGGUUUAUUUUAUUUUAUUGUCAUUUGUUUUUUACCAAUAAUGCUGUAGAAAAAUAAUUCAAUUAAAAGUUGUGGGUCCUAAACUACUAUUUUCGUA